UACAAAAAACAAUCCCAAGUUUUUUGCUUUACCUACAAAAAAACGGAUUCUCUGUCUCGCCGCCUCCACUCCUACUCUCUCUUAAAAUCCAGACAACAGAGUGCUUCUGCUCCGUUAGGUCUUUCAAGCUGGCGAUCGAUAAUCAAGACACCACUGUGAUGGAAAUCAAACCGAAAAGCAGGAGAAUCAUGGGUGCUGGUGGUCCUGAAGAUGAGGACAACAGAUGGCCGCCAUGGCUGAAGCCUUUGCUGAAAGAGAGCUUCUUUGGUCAAUGCAAGGUGCACGGUGAUUCUCACAAGAGCGAAUGCAAUAUGUAUUGCCUGGAUUGCAUGGAUGGUGCUCUCUGCUCUCUCUGCCUUCACUACCACAAGGAUCAUCGUGCUAUUCAGAUAAGGAGGUCUUCAUACCAUGAUGUGAUAAGGGUAAAUGAGAUACAAAAGGUGCUGGACAUAUCUGGAGUGCAAACCUAUGUAAUCAACAGUGCCAGGGUCGUGUUCUUGAAUGAGAGGCCUCAGCCUCGCCCAGGUAAAGGCGUCAUCAAUACCUGUGAAGUCUGCGAGCGCAGCCUCCUUGAUUCGUUCCGCUUCUGCUCUCUUGGUUGCAAGAUCGUUGGAACAUCAAAAAAUUUCCAAAGGAGGAAAAAGCAUCAGCUGGCAAUGGCAUCAGAUUCGGAUGACUCAUUCAGCAGCAGCCACGGCCGGCAGAAGAGCAGCAGCAGCAACAGCCGUAAAGAUCAAAGCUUCUCUCCGUCAACACCACCCCCAACCGCCACUAGUUUCCGGACAGUGAAGCGAAGAAAGGGUAUUCCCCACCGUGCCCCCAUGGGAGGACUAGUCAUAGAAUACUAGAGUACUAGUUUAUAGUUUCAUGAUGCCCAUCAAGUUCUCACAAAAUACCCCCACUGGCAUGGGAACAUACCCACCUUACUUUAUGUUUCGUCAUACUGUGUACAUAGAAGCAGUUAUAGAAGUGGAAAAGUUGGGGGGGAGAAAGCAAAAAAAAAAGAAAAAAAAUGAGGACUGGAUUACAAAUAAGCUUUCUUAGUUACGAAGACAAUAGGGUUGCUUCUGGAGUGUGGUUAUACAUAAGGUUUGGGUUAGUUGUGGGCAAACAUGUAUAUAUGGGUUUAAUUUUUUAUGGUUUUGUUAGUGAAAAAUGUAAUGAAAUGUCCACAUACUCCCUGGAAAGGGGAGGGGAUGUUUAUAAUGGGAAUAAAUAGAUUUUUUUUUUCUUUUU